CGCCAAAAUGUCUGCAAGCGCCCCUGCAGGUUCCAGUGCUGCCACUGGCGGCAGUCGGAGAAUUCAGCAGACACAGACCCAAGUGGUUGAGGUUGUGAACAUAAUGAGAGUCAAUGUGGACAAGGUGUUAGAAAGAGACCAGAAGCUCUCUGAGCUAGAUGACCGUGCAGAUGCAUUACAGGCAGGAGCUUCUCAAUUUGAGACAAGUGCUGCCAAGUUGAAGAGAAAAUAUUGGUGGAAGAAUUGCAAGAUGUGGGCAAUAGGGAUCAGCGUUCUGGUCAUUAUCGUCGUCAUCAUCAUUGUAUGGAGUGUCUCUUAAUGAAGAACUGGUGAAACUCAAGCCUGCUGUCCAGGAAACCUCUUCAAGACUUUUGACUUAGAACCUGCUAUAUUAUCCAGCUUACCUACUGUUAUUUGCAAAAUGAUUAUUUUUGUUGGUUCAUGUAAAGUUUGGUUUCUAGGCUGUGUGCCCUUGUU